GCUUGCUGGGAAAUCUUUGCUGAAGCUGUUAAAGAGAUGGCCGCCAUUGCUUUCAAAGUGUGUUGGGUCCCUUAGUGAGAACUUGCGAAAUCCGGAUGCGCCAGAGAAUGUAGUCCUUGGUUCUUGUAGCAUUCUUUCUUCACAGAGUGUUCUCAAGCAUUUGACAACGGAUCCAAAAUCAUUUUCCUCUUUUCUUCUGGGGAUUCUUUCAAGUUCUCAUCACGAAUCUAUGAAAUCCCAAAAAGCAAUUAUUGAGCUUUUUGUCAAAUAUAACAUUCACUUUGCGGGACUGUCUAAAAACAUACUUCGCUCGUUGGAUAGCUCUACUUCCGGAGAUCUUGUUUCUCAGAUCAGCGCCAUGAGUUUUGAUUCCUCUAGCUUGCAUUGGAGGUACAACUUGAUGGCUAACAGAGUGCUCCUUCUGUUAGCUAUGUCCUGUAGGAUGGACCCAACCUUCUCCUUCAAAAUCCUUAAUGAAACUGCUGGACACUUCUUGAAAAACUUAAAGAGUCAACUGCCUCAGACGAGAAUACUGGCAAUUUCAGCUUUAAAUACGCUACUCAAAGAAUCACCUCAUAAGAUGCAAGGCAAGGAUCAACCUCCUGUGUCUUCUCAAGAAAAUGCCAACUCAUCCCUUGAUUUAGCAUUGAGCCAAAUUUUCCAAGAGGAAGGAUUCUUCAGGGAGACUUUCGAAAGUCUUUCUCAUAUUCAUAUCACUGACACUGAUAGUUCCUCUAGAGGUAAUCAUGGAAGUUCUUCCUUCCAGAGCAUGGCGGACAAGUCAAUCACUCGUUUCUAUUUUGAAUUUUCGGCUUCUUGGCCAAGAACUCCGAGUUGGAUAUCUUUGCUAGGAAGUGAUAUAUUCUACCCAAGUUUUGCUCGAAUCUUCAAGCGUUUAGCACAGGAAUGUGGAGUGCCUGUGUUGCUGGCACUUAAAAGCCCCUUAGAGGAGUUCUGUAACGCCAAGGAGAGGCCAAAACAGUGUGUUGCUGCUGAAACAUUAGCAGGUUUACUGCACUCUGAUGUCAAUGGUCUUGUAAGUGAGUGGGAUAGCUGGAUAAAGGUUCAGUUGCAGAAUGUUAUUCUUGGCCAAUCAGUAGAAUCCAUACCGGAGUGGGCUACUUGCAUACGUUAUGCUGUCACAGGGAAAGGGAAACAAGGAACGAAGAUUCCUAUCAUGAGACAACAAAUUUUGGACUGUAUUGUGGCACCAUUGCCCCCAACUGCAACCACCACUGUUGUUUCAAAGCGGUAUGCUUUUCUUUCGGCUGCAUUGAUAGAACUAUCUCCACCAAAGAUGCCCGUAUCAGAAGUGAAGCUGCAUAUUGUGCUUCUUGAUGAGUUGAUCCAUAAUAUGUCCCAUUCCUCGGCACAAAUAAGGGAAGCUAUCGGUGUAAUUCUUUCAGUUUUAUGCUCCAACAUUCGGCUGCGGAUGUCAUAUCAACAAAAACAUCCAUCUGAAGAAGGUAGAACAGAUGUUGAUAGCCAACUUAAGGAGGAAAAUUGGUUCAAGUUGAUCAGUGCAAGAGCGUCUGAAGCUGUUACGAACAUUCAACAAGCUAGCAUAUCAGAUAGUUUGGACACUUCAGCAGAUGUAGAUAUGGAAAAUGCUCAGUCAAAUGGCGAUUCUCUAGAUGAUGUUAAAUGGAUGGAAACGCUCUUCCAUUUCAUUAUCUCAUCUUUCAAAUCUGGGAGGUCUUCAUAUCUAGGAGAUGUAAUUGCGGGAUUCCUUUACCCGGUGAUAUCCUUACAGGAAACAUCGCAUAAAGAUCUGUCCACAUUAGCUAAGGCAGCCUUUGAGCUGCUGAAGUGGCGGGUUUUCCCAGGAUCUCAUCUACAAAAAGUCAUCGAAGUUAUUCUUUCUUCUGCUGAUGACUCUAACUGGCGGAUAAGAUCUUCAACCUUGACAUAUCUGAGAUCGUUUAUGUACAGGCAUACUUUCUUACUUGCUCAUGAGGAGAAACAGAAAAUUUGGAAAACAGUGGAGAAACUCCUUGUUGACAGCCAAGUAGAGGUACGAGAACAUGCUGCAGCAGUUCUAGCAGGUCUUAUGAAAGGAGGAGAUGAAGAUUUUGCUGCCGAUUUUCGUGAUAGAUCCUAUGCAGAGGCAAACUCGAUCCAAAAGAAAAGAAACCGGAGGAAAUCAAGUUCAACUCAGUCCACAGCGGAGGUGCAUGGAGCCGUUCUUGGUUUGGUAGCUUCAGUUUUGUCUGUUCCUUAUGACAUGCCCAGCUGGUUACCGGAUCACGUGACACUACUGGCUCGUUUCGCUGGUGAACCCACGCCUAUAAAAUCUACUGUGACUAAAGCAGUGGCUGAGUUCAGGCGAACCCAUGCAGAUACAUGGAACAUCCAGAAAGACUCCUUCACUGAAGAACAACUUGAGGUUUUGGCUGAUACAUCAUCCUCGUCCUCGUACUUUGCUUGAUUCUGUGUUGCAGAAAUUCAGUUUGACAAUAAGAAUAAUACUCUUUAGAAUGAGCCAAAUACAUCUUUUGUACUCUUACAUUUGUUAUAUACUAUUUUUUAUUUUAUGCCCCAACAGAUGUAAUGAAAGACCUUAAAACCU